AUGGAACAAGAAAAAUCCUCGUAUAUCAUCUCUAUAAAAAAUAUCUUAAAAGCAAUUCAUAAUGAAGCUUUUAUCAUGAUCUUCUUAUCAAUCACUGACUUGUUAGCCGCUGUAAUUCCUCCACUACUUAUGGCUGCCGGUGCAUUUUACAUGCAUUUUUUUAGUUCAGUUGUGACCUCAAAUUAUUAUUUCUCGUUCUUCGAGAUUAUACAAAAAAUCUUACUUCCACGCUUAUUUCGAAUCGUUAUAUACUUUUCAAGUUUUCUCAUCUCUUUCAAUUGGUUGAAUCAAAUUAAUGAUAUGGAUGAAGACAGACUUAAUAAACCCUUUCGCCCUGUUCCAUCUUGUCUCGUCACAGUUGAAGGUGCACGAUGCCGUUUAAUCGCACUUAACAUAAUCUAUCCAACUGUAUCUUAUCUCAUCGGUGGCUUACCUUUACUUAUCAGUGCUUUUAUUUGGCAAGCAUGGUUUGUCACUUUUAAGAUUUUUGGCAUUGAUGCCAAUGCUUUCUGCAAAAAUUUUUUUUCGGCUUUUGGUACAUGGAUUAUGUAUGUCGUUACCGCUAAUCUUAUAAUCGGUACUCAGUUUAACGCAUCUAAAUGGUGGAGCUGCGAACCGUGCCCAUUUAUACUUUCGGUUGUUUUCUCUGUAACGUUCACCAUUCAAGUCCAAGAUCUUCGGGAUCAGAAAGGUGACGCGUUUAUUGGUCGUAAAACAUUACCCCUUCUUAUCGGUGAUAACAUUUGUAGGUGGUUGACUGUUUUAGUAUCUGUCCUAGACAUAUUUUUCCUAUAUGGUUCUGCGAGAUAUUUUUUGAUAUUGCCUAGUAUCAAAAAACUUAAUAUGCCUGUUCCAUCAGAAUUCACUAUUGUUGAAAUUGUUCUUUUUGUUAUAAGAGCGUGGACUUGUGUUAGAUUAAUUAAAUAUAAAGACCAAAAAGAGGAUCGCCGUACUUAUGAGAUAUGGUAUCUUGGGUUUUACGCUAUGGUUUGCCUUUAUUAUGGAAUGGCUAUUGGUACAUUCGUCAAUAUAUACCAAUAA